CAAACCACAAACGGAGAUAUUUCAGAUUACACGGCUUCACAAGAGGGUAACUGUAUCAAUCCUUACUUCAUACAUAAGCAUCGACUACAAAAGGCCUUGAUUCUCCACCCACUCGUGAUUCUUUUCAGUUUAAGGUUGCCCUAUCAAAGAUCCCUGAAUCAUUUUUUCUCAAUAAAAAACGAGACACAUCUCCUAAUUAUCCACAAAUACAUCAAACAAUGGCGAUGACAAGCAGUGGAGUCCCACUCCGGGAUUUCUCGGCCCAAUCACAGAUCCGUAGCGAUUCUCGCUCCAAUAUAUCCAACAAACUGUCGUCCCAACUUAGUAGUACUUCUAGCAGCGUGUCAGCAUCUCCCGUGGCCAACCUCCCUACAAGUGGAACCCUCUCCAGAGCCGGCUCGGGACUGAGUGGCCUCAGAAACAGCUCCGUUAGCAGCAACAGUGUUAGAAACACCGCUCAAGGUGAAGAACAACAGACCUCUUCGUCUAGUGGUGGUGAGGCGAGAGACACUCCACCUGCUAACACGAGGCGGCCAUCACUCGGAUUAAAUUUUUUGGUCAACUUCACCAACACUAUUCGUUCACAUUCCCAGCAUGAACAGGCGAUAGUUGAGCCGCUCGAGUCUCGGGCGUUUAUGGCCAAUAGUCCCACUAUCGCUAACUUUGGAACUUACAAUACCAACAACAACGAUGAACCCACCACCCCAGUUGGAACCUCGGCCGACACUGCCGAGGACGAGUUAGAAUCGCCGAGUCUGCCUGUGGCGCAAGCAGAUGAUAACCGUACUGACCACGAAACUACCGACAUGGAUGUGACAAUGGUUCAGCCAAGAGAACCUGAACCUGCUACCGAAGCGGUUGGAGGGGCCAGCGGUGAACCAUCAACAGAUGCUGUUACCACCACACAAGAAGAGGUCGGUGCCAGUGCUAAGGACAAGGACGGAUUCUACUCUUUGAGACUAACACCUCUCAUUGAUCAUUCAUCAUCCAGUUCGGGACUCUAUUUCGCUCCCAUCAUCAGAAGAACUAGGUCAAGCCAAGUCAUACGAAUUGGCCGAUACACCGAAAAGAACAAAGCAGCAGCCCAUGCUCCACAAGGAUCUGAUGCUCCUAUUGUAUUCAAAUCCAAAGUGGUAUCAAGAACCCACGCGUUGUUCCAAUGUAACGAAGACGGUCAGUGGUUUGUUAAGGAUUGUAAAUCAUCGUCCGGAACAUUUUUGAAUCACAUCAGACUAAGCCCUGCAUCACAAGAGUCGCUGUUGAUGCCAUUGAUUGAUGGUGAUAUCAUCCAGCUUGGGAUGGACUACAGAGGUGGUACCGAAGAAGUCUACAGAUGUGUGAAGAUGCGAUGUGAGUUUAACAAGAGUUGGCAACGGAAGGUCAACCAGUUUAACCUUGAGAUCCACCAGAAGUUGAAGAACUUAUCAUUGCAACAAGGUCAACCAGAGGCUGAUGAUAACCCACUAAGUAAUGCACUCAAAUCCGAUGAGCUCUCUGAGUGUGCAAUCUGCUUGUUGAAGUUGGAGCCGUGUCAGGCGUUAUUUAUAAGUCCUUGUCUGCAUUCAUGGCACUACAAGUGUAUCCGGCCAAUCAUCAUCAAGAGUUAUCCACAGUUUUAUUGUCCCAAUUGCCGGUCAAUGUGUGACUUGGAAACCGACAUUGAAGAUGAGGACGAGUAAGUAAUUUAAUAUGGGGUAAGUAGUUUUAUGAAAGAGGCAUUUAU